AGGCCCAUCCAAUUGGGGCAGAUGUAAUGGCACAAUGCAGCUGCCAUCAUUUUGGGGAAAGCGGCAAAGCAAUCACAUGUUGCGUAUUUGUAUUGUGAAUGGUAACCCUCUUCCCUUUGGUUUUUCAAAGGUCUCUGAGGUACAGGCACGUUCAGCAGUUAUUUCCUGGAGUGCCCCAGCUGCAGCCCAGAAUGAAGAAACCCAGAGCCUCCCUCCUGAAGCUUUUACUUUUGAAGUUGCAAUCUCGAAUAGCGGUAAAAAUGGAAAAUUUAAAUCCCUUUACAGUGGUGAGGAUGUAACUUUUACUCUGUCUGAACUCCGGCCAGCAACUGAUUAUCAUGUCAG